GGUUGCACCAGCAACACGUUAUCGAUCGCCGAGAUGUCAUCGUCGAUCCAGAUUUUCGUCGUAUUCAUCUCCUUGUUUUGUGCAUCAUCGAUAAGUGCGGACUUUGAGGACUAUUUCAAGGAUUGUCACCCAAAUGUGCCAGGAUUCGAUGGAUGCAUACGAGAAGCGUUAAAUGCAGUUCGACCUUUCUUCAAAACUGGCCUUCCUCAAUACAAUGUAGUCACGUUUGAUCCACUUUUUGCCAAAGAAGUAUCAGCGUCACGCGGAAAUGCCAAAUUUGGCUUUACCUUAACGCUAAGGAACGUUACCGAGAGUGGAUGGACUAAUAGCAAAGUGACGAAAUUCGUCAGUGACAUACCGAAUUAUAAGAUAGUGUACACUCAGAGUUUCCCAGCAAAAUUCCUGUCAGGUUGGUAUGAGUUUAAAGGGACAGCACUGGGCUCCAGUAUAAACAAUAAGGGAACAUUCACGUUGGAUCUUUAUGAUUACUUUCAAACGACCGUCGUUACCAGAAAACCAGGACAAAAGAUUCGAGUCGACGUGGAUGUACAACAGAUCGGGGAUUUGAAGCUUCACAUCACGAAUUUGCUAUCCGGUCAUAAAGUACUGGAGAACAUUCUCGAUAAAAUAAUAAAUGGCUCGUGGCAGCCAGGAUUUGUGGUUACCAGACGUAUAAUCAACGAACUUGUUUCUAAAGGCUACACGGAGAUUUUUGACGGCUCUUUUCGUAAUUUUCCUUUCGACAAAAUCAUCAAACCGCGACCUACGAGAUAACUGUGCGAGGGUUGUGUCA